AUGAACAUUCUGCUCACGAUUCGACUGCUCAUGCAAGGAAAAGAAGUUGGAAGUAUAAUUGGUAAACGCGGUGAUCAAAUCAAGCGGAUUCGGGAAGAGUCUGGUGCAAAAAUUAAUAUAUCAGAUGGAUCAUGUCCAGAACGAAUAGUUACUAUUACUGGAAGUUUAGCGACAAUAAAUAAAGCAUUUGCUAUGAUCUCGAAUAAAUUCGAAGAGGAUAUGCGUGCACUACCAAACUCCGUACCAAAGCCACCAAUAACAAUGCGAUUGAUCGUACCAGCAACUCAAUGCGGUUCUCUUAUAGGAAAAAGCGGCUCAAAAAUUAAGGAGAUUCGAGAGGUAAGACUGUCAGCAGAUGGUCCUUCUAAAUUAUAGCU